UUUAUUUUGAAUAUAUUGACAAGAAAUAAACAAUAUAGAAUAUCAGUCUAUGGAAUACCGUCAAGUUCAAAAUCAAUCAAAUUAACAAACUGACAACUUAACCAUAUGACAAAUUUUGAUUUGUGUUCUGUAAUAGUAAAAUACUUACUACUCACCAAACAAUAACAAAAAUAAAAAUAAUCUGGGAAUAAAAUGAUAUUUAUGUGUACUUUAUAGUUAUCAGGAAUUUCCUUUUUAAAUCAUCUACAUUAAAUAAUUAUUAAGAUGCUAAGUUUUUUUUAUAUUAUUUAGUAAUCAAGUUCUUAAAUUAUCACCUGGUUUCGAAGAGUUCGGUGCACCAGGUUGGGAAUUGUCUUUAUGCCUUUUAUGUUGUUGGAUUUUGUGUGGACUAGCGGUUAUUAAAGGUGUCCAGUCUCUUGGCAAAGUGAGUUACAACCGAACUAUUCAUUUAUUUACUUAUUUUUCGUUUACAUUACACUCUUAGAUAGUUAUCAAUUAAGUUUGAAUGUUGGCAAUAUUUGUUAAAAGGUAUACAGUGACUUUUAACCAUAUUAUUUAUGUAACGUAAGUUAAUGUAUCUUCGGUGUGAUGUACUACUCAUAUAUAAUAGAUGUACAAUGGAUAAAUUGUACAAAUCGAAUAGAAGUUACAUCAUAAGAAAUGCCUAUAUUUUAGUGUAUAGCUCAUCUGAGCAAACUGAAGUAUCAUAAAAGUGUUGUUUAUAUCUUGGCAUCACCAUCUCCAAAUUCAUAUAUUUCAAUUGGAAGCGUUUGUUAACAUCAAUAAAAGUUAUUAAAAACCAACUAUCCAUAAAAUUUUGUUCAAUCAUGACUAUAAGUAAUUGAUACAGAAACUCGAUACAAAUAUAAAAUCUUUCAAUACGCUUGCCCAACUGCGCAAUCGGAGAAGUCUGAAUAAUAACUUAGGACUUAUUAUCGACGAAACGAAAUAAUUAGGCAAACAAAUCACUGAUCCAUACACAUUUUACCUUCUUACUCACACAUGAUCAUUUAAUCUUAGUACUCGAGUUCAUGCACAGUCGAUCUCUUCCAGUAACGUGUUUCAUUUACAAUUUCUCACAAAUUUAUUCACUAUAGACAGCAUGUAUUCACAAGAAAGUGGUAGGUUUAAUUUCACCGUGUUCAUUAAGAGCGGUGUAGAGUUUUGCUUCCAGUUUGAAGAACUGUAUAGUGCGGAAGUCAUAUUCUCUGCUGUGUCGUUUAUAGAAAUUAAUUUAUUUUUAGGUAGGAUCAGUGUAAGAUAUUUUAUCUUUGUGUUUUGGACUCAUCAGUAUUCUAUAUCCACGUCACCUUCAUUAAUCUAACUACUGUUAGAUCCAAGAUCUCUGGUGUGUGGGCGAGAAUGAUAUUGACUGGUUAUUAGCUUAGUCAGACUAAUAGAUAGUCUGACAGGUACUAGAUGAGUUAUAUAUUCUCUCACCCUUAUUGUUAUUAUUAUUAUUAUUACUAUUGGAUUGUUGACUGACUGUUAUCGGUCUUUGGUGUGGAAGUAUAUAUACGUUCUAGUCAGGCAAAUCAUGUGUUCUUGGUCUGAGUUGUGUUGAUGUCGUCUAGAAUAGACACUGGGAGUGAAUCUAGUGUAGAUAUUCGUUUAAGGCAAAUUAACGUCCUAUUUGUGUAGACGAGAAAUCCAACUGUUAUGACAGCGGUGACGGUGGUUAAGACGGAUGUACUACCAAAUAUUCAGUUAAGGUGGAUUUUUUAACAGUAAAAUGGAUGAUCUGAAAUCUUUAUUGCAACAGCGAAAUGCUGUUAUCGAAUUAUUGGUCAAAAAUAUGACAGCAUUCCUAAGAACCCAGGUAUUUAAUUGUGCUAUGACUUCGGAUUCUAUUGCGAAUUCAAAAAAUGAAUUUAGAUUUGACCCAGAAAGUGAGAUUACUUUUAAGGCGUGGUUUAAGCACCAUGAGGAUUUGUUUGUUAAUAGUUAUAAAUAGUGGGACGAAGGUUCUAAACUGAGAUUAUUACUACGGAAGCUCGGCGUUUCUGAAGAUGAAAAGUCUUAUAAUUUUAUUCUCCCAAAGAAGACAGCCGACAUAAAAUUCAGAAUGCCUGACACGCAUAUUUGGGGAGUGAUCAUCAAUUAUUCACACUAGAUACUAGUGUUUCCAGCUUGUAAGAAAACCACAGAAUGAUUAUGUGACAUAUGCAAGCAUCGUGAACCAGGAAUGUGAGAGGCUCCAGUUACAGGAAAUUCCCUCAUAUCAGUUUAAAUGCCUUAUUUUUGUCUGUGGGUUACAAUCUGCAGUAAAUACAGUUGUCAGAACACGGACUUUAGCGAGAAUUGAACAAGAUCCUAAUAUCAGUCUGCAAUCAGUAUCAGAAGAAUGUCGAAGAAUGGUUAAUUUGAAGCAAGACACAAAUCUAGUAGAAAGGAACAGUGAACACGUGGAAGUUAGUGCUUUGUGGAUAUCUUUUAAUGGAAAUAAAGAUUUGUACUCACAGUGAACCCCAAACCGAAUGAAACCUCAAACGUCUUACUGGCGAUGCGGUGAGUGGCAUUUUAAAAACGUCUGUUUCCGAUGUGGUGGAUAUGGCCAUGCCAAAGAUUGCCGACCGUCAGCAUGAGUUCGGUAAGGGAAAUAAGACGCGGAUGUUACAAGAGAUAUCACAAGUGUUCAAUUCUCAUCUAAGAGGAAGUACGUGACUGUACUUUUAAUGGUAAACCGGUUAAGCUGCAAGUUGAUACCGGGUGUAGCAUAACAUAAAUUUCUAGAGAGACUUCGGUAAAACUUGGUCGACCUCAAUAUCAACCUGUAUGUUAUAACGCUAAAAGUGCCACUGGAACUAAUAUUACUAUUGGAAAAAUUCAGCUACCUCUCACAUUGGGUGAUAAGAAUAACACUGGCAAAUGUUAUAUAUCUGGGGUCUGUCAUACUAAAUUAUUAGGUAUUGACUGGAUAGAUAGAUUUGGUUUAUGGGAUCUACCGUUGAGCACUGUCUGCAAUAUGAUUAAUUCAAUGGUACCUCAAACGCUGUAAAGUCAGUUUAGCAGGUUUUGUGUAAAAAAAUUGCAUGAUAAGUUUUCAGAUAUCUUUGAGGGUAAAUUGGGACUAAAUGUGAAAGUAAUGGCCGGUAUGUAUGUCCAGCAGGAAGCGAAACCUGUGUUCCUUCCAAGGAGGCCGGUACCUUAUUCGAUUACUGAUGACUUGGAUACAGAACUUGACAGACUGCAGAGUUCUGGGGUUAUUUCUCCUGCAAAUUACUCUGCAUGGGCAACACCAUUAUUGAUUGUAAAAAAUCUAAUGGUAAAUUACGUGUAUGUGUAGACUUCUCCACUGGGUUAAACAAAGCACUACAGAACCAUUUAUACCCCUUACCCAUCCCAUAUGGAUGCUCCAUAUUUUCGAAGAUUGAUUUUUCAGGUGCAUAUUUCUAGGUGGAGGUCGAAGAAGUUUGUAGAUUCCUGCUGACAGCGAACACACAUCGGGGAUUGCUCAAUUAUAAUAGACUGCCUUUUUGUAUAAAAUGUGCCCCGGCAAUUUUUCAAGAAGUCAUGGACACCAUGUUAAACGAUGUUCCGUUUACCAUGCCAUAUAUGGAUGAUAUUAUUAUUGCCAGUAGAAGCGUAGAAGAAUGCUAUGACCAUUUACAAGAUGUUUUUCUCGCAUUAGAGAGUAUGGCUUUCGUUUAAAAGUAGAAGAGUGUUCAUUUUCCAUGAUAAGUAUUAUAUAUUUGGGGACAAUUACGGAUUCCCGUGGACGUAGACCUGAUCCUGAAAGGGUGCAUGUCAUUGUAAAUAUACCAGCUCCAUCUAAUGUUAAAAUGCUUCAGUCAUGUUUUUGGGAAUGACUAACUAUUAUAGUCACUUUGUGCCAAAUAUACAAGCCCUUCUUGCUCCUCUAUUGAAUGCACUGUUAACUAAGAACACUACAUGUAACUGGAAUAAGGAAUGUCAAGUGUCCUUUUAAAAAAUGAAACAGAUCUUGGCGUCUGAUUUAUUGCUUCCUCACUAUGACCCAAACCUUGAGUCAAUGGCAGCGGCUGACGCAUCUGAUUCUUCAUAAAUUUCCUAAUGGGUCACGAAAAACCAUUUUUCAUGCUCCACUCACGCUUACUGUAACUGAAAAGAAUUAUAAUCAGAUCGAAAAGGGGGCUAUAGCCUUAAUGUUGGUGGUCGGGAGGUUCCACAAGAUGCUAUACGGUAGGAAUUUUACCUUGCAGACUUGCCAUAGACCGUUGCUGGCCACAUUUAGCUUUAAGAAAGGAAUACUUAUUCACAUUGCAAAUCGGCUAACUAGGUGGGCUACUAUGUUGCUAGGAUAUGACUUCGAAUUACUGUACAAGCCGUCAGCUCGUAUGGGUCAUACAGACGGGUUGUCGAGGUUAAUUGCUAAUAGUUUCAAAUUAGAGGAAGAUAGCGUGGUUGCUUCCAUAUCACUUGCACCGGAAAUAGAAAGUAUUUUGUGAUACUAUCAGAAUCCUACCAGUUACGGCAGAAGCGGUUGAAGAAGCAACGGCAAAUGAUUCUCUACUUAAAAGAAUAAGAGGAGCUGCUUUAAAGGGUUAGAAAGAGGAUAGAGUGGAUUGAGAGUUUCACAAAUUUUUUUGACAAAUGGGUCUAUAUCGAUUUAUGAUAAUUGUUUGACGUAUGGCGAUCGCAUUGUCAUCCCUAUAUCUCCAGUUUUUUUGUGCUUAGACAGUUUCACACUGGUCAUCCGGGAAUGAACAGAAUGAAGGCAGUUAUACGUAGUUAUGUCUCUUGGCCAUUAAUGGAUAAGAUUGUGGAAGAACACUUAUUGAGAUGUCGUCGAUGUGCCGAAGGUGCAAAAGAUCCAUUGAAAGUAAAAUCCCAGCCAUGGCCAGAGAGGAACAAGCCUUGGGUCCGAGUACACAUCAAUUAUGGUGGACUGUGAUAAGCGGACAAUAUUUUUUGGUGGUGGUAUAUUCAUACUCUAAAUGGCCUGAAAUCUAUGCUGUAUGAAAACCCCCUACAUUUGAAACACUGUUACAUCUCAGACAACUAUUUGGUAGGUUUGGAACACCUAAUGUUUUGGUUUCAGACAACGGAACGCAAUUUACAUCGAGUUUUCGGAGUUCUGCAAACAAAAUGGAAUUGAGCACAUUAGAACUCCACCGUAUCACCCUAAGUCAAAUGGGCAAGCAGAAAGAUUUAUUGAUAUUCUUAAGCGAGCUCUUCUAAAGAUGGGAGGAGAAGAUAACGUAGAAGAGGCUCUGCAACAGUUUAUAAUUUCUUAUGGAAUUAAACCUAAUCCAAACUGUCCAGCCGAAAUAAUAUUUGGCCGACCGAUUAGUACAUUUUUUGAUGUUUUGAUCCCGAAAGAUAGAACUAGUGGGCUACAAAGUAUAAAGGGAAUAGUCAGAAAAUUCGAGAAUUUCAAGCGGGUGACUUAAUUUAUGCACGUGAUUUCCGGCUAGGAAAGCCAAAAUGGAUAUUUGGGCGUCUGAAUAAAAGACUUGGGAUGAUAUUGUAUGAAGUAAUGGUCGAAAAUACACUAAUUAUUAGACACAAAUCAACUGCGAGACAGAAAAAAUGUUAGUGAGUCAUCUAAAUUCAAACCUUUGCCAGUGGAAGUAUUAUGUGAAACACCCAAUAUCCCACCACCACCUAAUGUUGAAAUGAGAAGAAUCAGUUGAAAUCAGAAGCUAGCCGAAGGUCAUCAAAAGAAGGGAAACAAACGAGAUUUUUUCAAAUAGACCUAAAGUUUAAGUCAUAUGACCAAACUUUGCGAGGGGCUUAUGUGUGGGCGAGAAUGAUAAUGACUGGUUAUUAGCUUAGUCAGACUAAUAGAUAGUCUGACAGGUACUAGAUGAGUUAUAUAUUCUCUCACCCUUAUUGUUAUUAUUAUUAUUAUUACUAUUAGAUUGUUGACUGACUGUUAUCGGUCUUUGGUGUGGAAGUAUAUAUACGUUCUAGUCAGGCAAAUCAUGUGUUCUUGGUCUGAGUUGUGUUGAUGUCGUCUAGAAUAGACACUGGGAGUGAAUCUAGUGUAGAUAUUCGUUUAAGGCAAAUUAACGUCCUAUUUGUGUAGACGAGAUAUCCGUCCGUUUAACAAUCUCAUUUAAACCAAGUUUAAUCCAACGCUUUAUAUCUUCAACUUUGAUUAAUUCUUAAUUUGACGCGACAAUCAUCGGUUGUUUGUUUGAUUUAUUUGUUUGUAUGUUACCGGUAUGCUACAUUUUACUCAAAGCUUUUCAUCAAUAAACACCAUUGCUUAUUUACGGUAUAAAUUUUAUUCUGUCGAUCCAUUAAACCUUUAUUGCUAGAGUAUAUGCAUUAAACGAAGCGGAUAAAAUGUAAAACUAAGAUUUGAUGAGUUCAUAAUCUAAUUUGUUAGGUCUGUUCCUAAUUACCAAUAUGAAAUAUGCACAUUACUCGAUUGCUCUAUUAUAGGUUUCUUACUUCACAAGUGUAUUUCCGUAUAUCAUGUUAACAAUUCUUCUCAUACGAGGAGCACUCCUCCCAGGCUCAGGAGCAGGUGUACUAUAUUAUUUAACACCUGAUUUUUCACGAUUAACAGAUCCCCAAGUAUGGGCUGAUGCUGCUACACAGAUAUUUUUCUCUUUGGGCUGUUGCAACGGUGGUUUAAUAACUGUGUCAAGUUAUAAUAAAUUUAAGAAUAACUGUUGUAGAGAUGCUGUCAUUGUGGCAAUCAUUAAUUGUGCAACUUCUGUCUAUGCUGGUUUUGUGAUAUUUUCUAAUUUGGGUUUUAUGGCUUAUCAAAAAAAUACAACAAUUUCUGAAGUUGCAUCCAGCGGUCCUGGACUUGCUUUCAUUGUAUAUCCUGAAGCAAUGACAAAUAUGCCACUUUCUAGUCUAUGGUCGGUUUUAUUCUUCACAAUGAUGUUAACACUUGGUUUCGGUUCACAGUUCUCUAUAUUGGAGACUACUCUUUCUGGUAUACAGGAUGAAUUCAGACGAUUAGGUGUUCAUCUAACUGAAAGACGUAAAAUUGCGUUCCGGAUAUCAGUAUGUUGUUUGAAUUUUUUCAUGGGAUUGCCAAUGGUUUGUGCUGGUGGAUAUUAUCUUGUAACAAUAUAUGACAAUGUAAUGAGUGGUUAUGCUCCAUUAAUUGUUGCACUAAGUGAAACGGUCGUCAUUACAUAUGUAUAUGGUUUAAGACAAUUUCGAUGCGAUAUUGAAUUGAUGAUAAAUGAACGACCUAAUUGGUAUUGGCGUAUUUGUUGGCUUGUAAUUACACCAACUAUUUGUCUUUUACUAAUUAUUUCUGUAUUAACAAAUCGGAUUGAAUUAAAAGAGAAGAACUAUUCUUUCCCACCUUGGGCAUAUGUAUUAUACCAAUCACUAUCUGCUGGGACUGUAUUAUUAAUCGUUGGUUGGUUUAUUUAUAAAUACUGCAGUGAAGGUGGUUUUCUAUUAUUAAAAGAAUUCCUAAAACCUGUACAUGAAUGGGGACCAGCCGAUAAACAACAUCGCGCUGAAUUUAUAUCAAUGAUUAAAUCUAAUGAGUCACGUAUUAAUGAAGCUGGUGGUAAUCUUUAUACAUCACCGAUUGGUGGACCAACUACCAUAGAAGGCAGUCAAUUACAAUUAGGUUAUGGAUUAAAUAGUUCACUUAAAAGUGGUCUGACUGCUGCUGGUGUUAUAGAUGAUACUAAAUUCUUUCAAAGUAAAUUAAAUGUUGCUGAAAAACUUACACAUGCUCAUACAAAAGAAGUAGUAAAACGAGUCGUCAGCAAUGCAGAUAUUAAUCCAGCCAAUGCUGCUGCAUUAUUGUCAGCAAGUCAAACAAUGCGAAAUGUUACUUCAGGAUUGACCUGCGUGAGCAGUUGAAUAAAUGAUAAGAAGUGAAGUCGUUGGAUGCAUCAGACGCGUCGCUUGUAUUAGGAGUCUCAUCAGUCCUGGUGUUCUCGUGUCUGACGAAAUUUUGGCACUGAUUCAAAAGGCUCUAUCGGGUCUUGCCGAAUUGCGUCACUUGUGGAGUAGUCGAGAUGUCCGUCUCAGAACCAAAGACAAGUUCACUGCGCUGCAAUUUACCCCAUUCUACUUUUUGGAUGAGAAACUGAGUAAUCUAUGUCUGGGCUAGGAGUAAGGCAUUAGCUGCAGUUAAUUCUGUUGCUCUACUUGGUUCACAACCGUUAUCUGGUUGUAUUACAGGUAAUAUAAACAUUGAUACAAGUGGAAUAAAAUUACCGGAACAGUUUUUCAUAUCUUCAGAUUGUGAUGAAAUGAAUGAAUCAGUCAAGUCUACUGAUCAAUGAAAAAUAUAAAAACACUACACUGAUUAUUCUUUCGUUUUUUUUUGCUGAAAGUUUAUCCUAUCAUUAUACAAUACAUCAACGAUUGUGUCUGUGUGUGUGUGUGUUGGUUUAUUUGUUUAUUAAAUCUGAUUUAUUUUUUUAAUGAAAUUGUAACAACAUAAAUUUAGUGUAUGGAAGUAAAUACACAAAACAAUCCACCCAUUCCACACACACACACAUCUACAUAAAUUAUUAGUUUAACCAAGUAAAUCAGUUGAAAAAUAUCACUAUACACAACUUUUUUUUGUUUUGUUUUGGUUUCUUAAUACCAAUUCUAUUGGUUCAUUUUUGAUUCUUCGUUCUAUUAAUUUAUUCAUUAUUUACUACUACUACUACUACUACUACUACUACUACUACUACUACUACUACUACUACUACUACUACUACUACUACUACUACUACUACUACUACUACUACUACUACUACUACUACUACUACUACUACUACUACUACUACUACUACUACUAC